UUUUCCUCAAAUUUUGACUUCCUUUGAAACGCGGCAGCGUUGCUUGUGGCGUAGACAGCCCGGUUUUCUGUGUGUUUACUACUGCUUCAAACCAACCUCAAUCAGUUAGAGCUUUUGAGUCAAUGUGAGGAGUUUUUGAGUGAAAACAAUGGCAAACAAGCUCAAUAAGGAGUUCUACAAUACUGUAUUAGCCCAAGCGUUUAGUCCAUGUGGAACUUUGCUCAUAACUGGAGAUGCUUAUGGGACUCUGUCGGUCUUCAACUUAUCAAAGGUGGUGAACCCUGUGGGGAAUAUAACUAAAGAAGAACUGGUGCCCCGGAACCGAAUAGUGGUGAAAGCCGACUACCAAGUCAACAGCCUUUUAUCCACCCCAAAGCACCUGCUUGUAGGCGGAUAUGGGGAGAUUUACGCCUAUUUAUGGAACAACAUCAAAGGAUCGAAUAGGAACGUGCAAGCGACCUGGUCAAUCGAAAUCCCUUCGGGCCAGAACAGCUUUAAUAAGGCCGAAGUCAAUGCGAUGCUGUUCAAUAAGAACACCGGCACUUUCUAUGCUGGGUGUGGCGACAACAAAGUCUACUGCUUUAAUCUGGAAACCCGAAAGUGUCUCAAAGUGCUCAGCGGACAUUCGGACUACAUACAUGCCAUUUGCAAAACUGGAGACAAUAAUCUGAUCUCAUGUGGAGAAGAUGGGCUGGUAAACAUUUGGGACUUGAGAACCAACAAGGUAACCGAUAAACUAGAGCCCCAUUUGAAUGGCAAAGUUGCUAGAAAUGAGCUGGGAAAAUGGUUAGGAGCUGUUGAUUGUAAUGAGGACUACAUUGUGUGCGGCGGUGGGCCCCGUUUGACUUUAUAUCACUAUCGUUUCUUGACGAAUUCCACGAUUUUUCCCAUUGAUGAUCAAGGCAUUCACGUAGCCGAAAUUUACGACGACAAAGUACUGGCCGGAGGCAAGUCCAAACUGUUCUACCAAGCCAGCUUUAAUGGCGACAUUAUAACGGAAAUUCCUACCAGUGCAGUCACCACUUACAGUGUGGUUAAACAUGAGGAACCUUUCAGGAUAAUGUGCAUAGCCGGGUCGAGCCCCAAGAUAGAUGUUUCGCUCAAUUUCAUGUACAAGGACCAGCAGCUCUCGUUGUAUUAAUAGGUAUUUUAUUCGAGUUUACAGGGGCUGAAUCUGGAAAUUUCGCUGGCCAUGCGAUGAAUUUCUCCCGUAGAUAGAGGAUUAAAUACUUUUAUUUUUUU